AUUAAAGAAAAGCAAUAGAUAUGGAUCCAGUACGUUACAAAAGGUACCUCGUUGACGACGAAGCACCCGUUCCAGAAAGAACAAAGAGAAGACGUAAACGAAAGGACAUUUCUGAAGAUAUGGGUGAUGAUGAAGAAGCUGUGGCCUCUUCUUCUACAACUCAGUAUCUCACCCAAGAGGACAAUCAAGAUGACCCGGUGUCUACUGCUUCUGAUGACACAAUGAACCAACCCAUACCUGGCCCUAGCUCUUCACCUGGGGAGCCAGUAGAGGAACAUCUAGAAGACCCCACAAGUCCAACUUUAGACCAGAAACCAACAAAAGAACAGGUGGAACUCCUGCUGCUGGCAUUAAAACUCAAACAUGGAUUAACAAAUAGAGCCUUGGAGGACAUCAUGCAUCUUAUCAACUUUAUUGCUGGUCCUGGUGGGGAAUUGGUUAGUGGCUCAAAGUACCUUUUCUACAAAGCAUUUGAUUCAGUGAAAGACAUAUUAGAAGUACAUUAUGUGUGCAAGAGUUGCAAGGUAAGCAUGCAGGAAGGUCCCUUUAAUGUCAAGUGCCCAGUCUGUGACCAGGACACAUCAAAAGCGCAUGCACAAAAAGACCAGUGUUUUUUGUACUUGCCACUAAAAUACCAAAUUAAAAAACUGCUUGAGGACCACCAAUUAGGGAAACACCUGAAACACCGCUUUGAGAAGAAGGAUGCCUCCAUCAAAGAUAUAUAUGAUGGACAUUUAUACAAAAAACGAUCACCCCUUGCAUCACCAGACAGCAUAUCACUGACUUUCAACUGUGAUGGAGUGCCAGUGCACAAAUCAAACACAAAAAGUUUGUGGCCAAUUUUGUGUACUAUUAAUGAACUGCCAAUACAGCUACGUGCAAAACAUGUUAUGCUUUGUGGCCUGUGGUUUGGUCAAAACAAACCAAAUAUGAACACUUACAUGAAACCAUUUGUCGAUGAAUGCAUAGAGUUGUACUCUAAUGGUCUUAUAUGGGAAAGUGAAAGUGGGGAAAUUGUCACAAGUAAAGUACUGCUUACUACCAUGGUGGCAGAUUCAGUUGCUCGGCCACUGAUUCAGAACUUUAAACAGUUUAAUGGUGAGUUUGGGUGUUCUUUUUGUAUGCAGAAAGGAACAAGUGUGCUAAAACGCAGGGGGCGUGUAAGGGCUUAUCCCUAUGAAAAAGCAGAGUUGAGGAAUCCCUCCCAGACUGAUGAUCUGGUGGAAGAGGCUCUUGCUGGAAACCCCACUAAGGGAGUGAAAGGGCCUAGUAUUUUGUCUUGUCUACCUGAUUUUAAUAUCAUUGAUGGCUGUGUUCCAGAUUAUAUGCACAGUGUGCUGCUGGGUGUAGCAAGAAGCAUCACCACGCUGUGGUUUCAUUCUGAAAACAACCAAUCGCCAUGGUAUAUCGGACACUCAACAGAACAGAUUGAUGACAUUUUAACUUCUAUUAAACCCCCCUGUAAUGUUUCCCGUGUCCCCCGCUCAGUGAAAGAGAAAAAGUUCUGGAAGGCACACGAGUGGAACAUGUGGUUGUUUUAUUACAGCAUACCAACAUUGAAAGGGGUCUUACCUGAAAAAUAUCUGAAGCACUGGUUUAAGUUGGUAAAGGGGGUUUCUCUUCUACUCGGUGAGAAUAUAUCACCACUGCACAUAUCAGAAUCUGAGGGGUUGCUAACAGAGUUUGUUCAGGAAAUGGAGACCCUUUAUGGGAUCAAUAAUGUCACUUUCAAUGUACAUUUGUGCCUUCAUCUGCCCAAUACUGUGAGGAACUGGGGUCCCCUCUGGGCACAGUCUGCAUUUGUGUUUGAGUCAUACAAUGGGAUCAUUUUAGAUAUGAUAAAGAGCAGCCAGGGAGUUUCUCUGCAGAUAAUGAAAACAGUUUGGCUACAGGUUGCAUUUCCAUCAUUUUCCCAAAAAACCAUGGUGGCAGCUUCUGAUGAUUACUUAGCUCUCUUAGAGUCUUUUUCAGUUGAGAAAAAAAUGGUGCAGGAAGUAAGUCGCUGUCAUGGUGUUACAUCUCUGGGUAGGCCUAAAAUUUGUAUGAUCAGAAAUGAUGAUUUUCUGGCCUUGAACAGCAUCAGCAACCUUGAAAAUAGAGUCACUGUGAAGUAUUUUUGCAGAGUAGUGGUUAAUCUUGAAAUAGUUCAUUCACAAAACUACUCGCGUACUUUUCGGAGAAACUCGUACACUGUCAUUCUUUCUGAUCGAGAGGAAAGUAUUUUCUCUGUGAAGACAUUCAUUGUCUGUGAUCUGGGGCAGGGGGAGACAUGUUAUGCAGUGGGGAAGUACUACCAAAAAGUGAAACAGGACAUCUGCGGUCAAUUUAAGAAUCCUUGUUAUUUCAUCCCUGUAGGGAAAUGUCUGGGGCCUUUAGCACUGUAA